CUCUGAGGAGCAGCGCUUUGACGCACCACGCAGAGUUGGAUUAUAGUAUUGCACGCUGGUCUUUCACGGGGCUUUUUCCUCCCUCAUGUUGCCUACACCCUUAACAUUGAUAUAUGAUCGGAUUCAGUGUCUCUCCGUCGCGGUGACCUCUGCUGAGCUUUUCUGGGGAAACCGAGCGCCGCCGUGCCGUUUCCACACCGGACGCGUGUUGUGAAUUAAUAACCAAGACAGCCUCACCUGGAGUGUGUGUGUGUAUGUGUAAACACUAGUGCAUCUAAAGUGUGUGUGUGUGUGUGUGUUUGGGUGUGUGAAAGUGUGUUUCUGGAGGUGUUACGCUGGCUCGGUCCAGCGCGCACACAUUCAUACACAGACAAAACACGCACCGGGGGGAUUUGGGCACCGCAUGCCGGAGACAUGUGGAAGUUUGCGCCGCUGUAGCGCAGCCAGAGAGCCGGUCCAGAGCCUCGUCGACCUCCACACUCUCUGCACAGGGGGGGACCAAAUUCUCGGUUCUAGAGCCGUCACACAUCAAAACCCCAUGAAGAGGACACAGAUGUAAAUUUGGAAACAGAAAUUUCAGAAACACACGUCUGAAAAAGAGAGGACAGCGAUAAAAGGAGGACGGCAUCCCGUUGCAUGCAGAGUUGGUGAGCCCUUACAAGGAUUCCGGGGCUUUUGAUUUCUAAACGCCCUUGUAUUUUAUCAGUGUUUUGUGGGUCUCAUAUUGGCCCCCACUUGCCGCAGUGAUGGUGGGAGCUCUGAGCCCCGUUGGCCCUGGCCGCUCCCCGGCUUCUGUGCUGGGACUGCCGGUGACGGUCCUGGUCCUGGUCCUGGUCCUCGUCCUGUCUAACGGAGCGGACGGUCAACCGUGCCCGGCGCAGUGCUCUUGCACCGGGACUACAGUGGACUGUCACGGCCAAGGGCUCCGCAACGUGCCCAGGAACAUACCCCGCAACACGGAGAGACUGGAUCUGAAUGCCAACAACCUGACUAAAAUCACCAAGGCGGAUUUCGCUGGACUGAGGCACCUGCGAGUGUUGCAACUAAUGGAGAACAAAAUUACCACAAUUGAGAGAGGAGCCUUCCAGGACCUAAAGGAGCUUGAGAGACUGCGCCUGAAUCGGAAUAAUCUGGCCGUCUUCCCUGAGCUGCUUUUCCUGGGAACAACAAAACUGUACAGACUUGAUCUUAGUGAGAACCAGAUUCAGGGGGUUCCAAGGAAAGCCUUCAGGGGAGCUGUGGAGAUCAAGAACCUCCAGCUGGACUACAACCACAUCAGCUGCAUUGAAGAUGGAGCUUUCCGAGCGCUACGUGACCUGGAAGUGCUCACCCUCAACAACAACAACAUCAGUCGCCUUUCUGUGGCCAGUUUUAACCACAUGCCGAAGCUCAGGACCUUUCGCCUGCACUCCAACAACCUGCAGUGUGAUUGCCACGUGGCCUGGCUGUCAGAGUGGCUUCGACAGCGCCCCCGUUUGGGACUUUACACACAGUGCAUGGCCCCGCCACACUUGAGGGGGCACAAUGUUGCUGAGGUACAGAAGAAGGAGUUUGUCUGCACAGAAUGGGAUGAAGGUCACCAGUCAUCCUCCUCCUCCUCCUGCAGUGUGUUACAGUGCCCAGAGUCCUGCACCUGCAGUAACAACAUCGUGGACUGCAGAGGGAAGGGGCUGACAGAAAUACCCACCAACCUGCCUGAAACCAUUACUGAGAUACGACUGGAGCAGAACGCCAUCAAGGUGAUCCCAGCUGGGGCCUUUUCUCCUUAUAAGAAGCUGCGCAGGAUAGACUUGAGUAACAACCAGAUUUCAGAGUUGGCUGCGGAUGCUUUCCAGGGUUUGCGCUCCCUGAAUUCUCUGGUACUAUAUGGGAACAAGAUCACUGAGAUUUCCAAAGGACUAUUUGAGGGACUAUUUUCUCUCCAGCUAUUGUUACUGAAUGCUAAUAAGAUAGCGUGUCUGCGUGUAGAUGCAUUUCAGGACCUCCACAACCUCAAUCUGCUCUCGCUGUACGACAACAAGCUCCAGACCAUCGCCAAGGGGACCUUCUCAUCUCUACGAGCCAUACAAACACUUCAUUUAGCACAAAACCCGUUUAUCUGUGACUGUCAUCUGAAGUGGCUGGCAGACUACCUGCAGGACAAUCCCAUCGAGACCAGUGGUGCCCGCUGCACCAGCCCACGGCGGCUCGCCAACAAACGAAUCGGACAAAUAAAGAGCAAGAAGUUCCGCUGUUCAGCUAGAGAACAGUAUUUCAUCCCAGGAGUACACCAUGUCGGCUGUACUGAGGAUUACCGCAGCAAGCUUGGGGGAGACUGCUUCGCCGACUUGGCCUGCCCAGAAAAAUGCCGCUGUGAAGGCACCACAGUUGACUGCUCCAACCAGAAACUCACCAAAAUACCCGAUCAUAUCCCCCAGUACACCGUCGAACUGCGCCUGAACAACAAUGAAUUCACUGUGCUAGAGGCUACAGGGAUCUUCAAAAAGUUGCCUCAGCUGAGGAAGAUUAACCUGAGUAAUAACCGUAUCACUGACAUCGAGGAGGGGACGUUUGAAGGAGCCUCGGGGGUCAAUGAGCUGAUUCUCACCUCAAACAGACUGGAGAACGUACACCAUCGCAUGUUAAAGGGACUGGGUGGCCUCCGGACACUUAUGCUGAGGAGUAACCGAAUCAGCUGUGUGAGUAACAGCAGCUUUGUGGGGUUAAGUUCAGUUCGUCUGCUGUCGCUCUACGACAACCAGAUCACCUCCAUGAAUCCUGGAGCCUUCGACACAUUGCAUUCCCUGUCUACACUAAAUCUUCUAGCCAAUCCCUUUAACUGUAACUGUCACCUGGCCUGGCUUGGUGAUUGGCUGAGACGGAAACGCAUUGUGACGGGUAACCCUCGGUGUCAGAGUCCUUACUUCCUGAAGGAGAUCCCUAUUCAGGAUGUAGCUGUCCAGGACUUUGCCUGUGAAGAUGGUAAUGAUGAGAACAGCUGCUCUCCAGUGUUGAGGUGUCCUGCAGAGUGUUCCUGUUUGGACACUGUGGUGCGCUGUAGCAACAAAGGCCUCACCGCGCUGCCCAAAGGUCUGCCCAAAGAAACCACUGAACUGUAUCUGGACGGUAACCACUUCACUCAGGUUCCUGUGGAGCUCUCCAAUUACAAACACUUAACGCUCAUUGAUUUGAGUAACAACCAGAUCAGCACGUUGUCCAACCACAGCCUCAGUAACAUGUCCGAGCUGCUUACCCUAAUCCUGAGCUACAACCGCCUGCGAUGCAUACCAGUGAGGGCGUUUGAUGGACUCAAGUCACUGCGUUUGCUGUCUCUCCAUGGCAACGACAUAUCACUGAUACCAGAGGGUGCCUUCAAAGACCUAUCAUCGCUCUCCCACCUGGCUUUAGGGGCCAACCCUCUGUACUGUGACUGCCACAUGCAGUGGCUGUCAGACUGGGUGAAGAGCGGUUACAAGGAGCCUGGAAUCGCCCGCUGUGCUGGGCCUGGAGACAUGACUGACAAACUGCUUCUCACCACACCUUCGAAAAAGUUCACCUGUACAGAAGUCCCGGGGCCUUGUGGUUUUCUGGUGCCAGGGCCAGUGGAUGUGAGUAUCCAGGCGAAGUGUGAGCCUUGCCUGUCCAACCCCUGCAAGAACGACGGCACCUGCUCCAAUGACCCUGUGCACUACUACCGCUGCACCUGCCCCUAUGGAUUUAAGGGUCAGAACUGUGAGGAGCCCAUCCACGCCUGCAUCAGUAACCCCUGCCAAAAUGGAGGAACCUGCCACCUGAAGGAAGGAGAAGGGGGCAACUUUUGGUGUGUGUGUCCAGAGGGCUUCGAAGGCGACUCCUGUGAGAUCAACAUUGACGACUGUGAAGAUAACGACUGUGAGAACAACUCCACCUGCGUUGACGGAAUCAACAACUACACGUGCAUGUGCUCACCAGAAUACACAGCUGCUACCAAUGAGGUGGAGAGAGGGGAGCUAUGUGAAGAGAAACUGGAUUUCUGCGCUCCAGAGCUGAACCCCUGUCAGCACGAUUCAAAGUGCAUUUUGACCCCUCAGGGAUACAAGUGUGAGUGCACUCCGGGUUACAUAGGUGAGCACUGUGAGUCGGACUACGACGACUGUGAAGAGAAUAAGUGUCAGAACGGUGGUCAGUGCAUCGACGCCGUCAAUGGCUACACUUGCGUCUGUCCAGAGGGAUACAGCGGGUUGUUCUGCGAGUUUGCUCCUCCCAUGGUCCUCCCCCGCACCAGUCCCUGUGAUAACCAUGAGUGUCUCAAUGGGGCGCAGUGCGUCGUCAUAGGAACGGACCUACGCUGUCAGUGUCUCCACGGAUACGAGGGCGAGCACUGUGAGACUCUAGUCAGUGUCAACUUUGUCAACCGCGAGUCCUACUUGCAACUUCCCUCCAAUCUGAUCUCACCACAGACCAAUAUCAGCCUACAGAUUGCCACAGAUGAAGACAGUGGUGUGCUGUUGUAUAAAGGGGAUAAUGAUCACAUUGCCAUGGAGUUGUACAGGGGUCGGCUCCGGGUCAGCUACGAUACUGGAUCCUACCCUCCAUCUGCUAUAUACAGUGUCGAGACAGUAAAUGAUGGUAGUUUUCAUGCUGUUGAGCUGCUGGCUUCAGAUGAAACUCUGUCUCUGUCCAUUGAUGGCGGCCCGCCCAAAUCUAUCAACUCUAUCAGCAAACAGUCCACACUCAACAUUGAUUCUCCACUUUACCUGGGAGGUAUGCCGGAGCGUGCCUCAGUCUCUGGGGGUCUGUCAGCGCUGCAGCACAGCUCCAGUGGCCGUAAUGGCACCAGCUUUCACGGCUGUCUCCGUAACCUUUACAUCAAUGGGAAGCUCCAGGACCUCGGAGCCGGGCUGGGACCGGGGACCGGAGGAGCAGACUCUGGAAGUGCACAGAGGACCAACAGGCAGUGGCUGGGGAACGGAGUGGAGCCAGGCUGCCAGCCCUGUCAGACAGGAGCCUGUGUCCAGGGUGACUGCCACCCAACAGGACAUCGUGGCUUCACCUGCACCUGCCAUCCCGGCUGGACGGGAACACUGUGUGACCAGCAAGUCAACAACCCCUGUGAAGGGAAUAAGUGUAUUCAUGGCACCUGCCUUCCAAUCAACUCCUACUCCUAUUCAUGCCGCUGCCAGCCUGGGUUUGCUGGCGUACUCUGUGAUGAACUGGACCAGGAAGCAACUAACCCCUGCAGUCUGUCGCACUGCAAACACGGCAAAUGUCGAGUGUCAGGCCUGGGGAAGGCAUACUGCGAGUGUAACAGUGGAUACACAGGAGAGGCAUGUGACAGAGAGGUGGCCUGCCGAGGGGAACGGGUCCGAGAUGUCUACCAGAGACAGCAAGGCUACGCGGCGUGCCAAACCCAGGAGAAGGUCUCCCGUUUAGAGUGUCGGGGCAGCUGCCCAGGGGGGGCAGAAGGACAGGGCACCUGCUGCACCCCCCUUCGCAGUAAACGCAGGAAAUAUACCUUCCAGUGCACUGACGGCUCCUCCUUUGUCCAAGAAGUGGAGAAGGUGGUGAAAUGUGGCUGUACAAAAUGUUCCUCAUAAAAGAAAACAACAAACAAAAUUAAAAAAACAAAAAAAAAGAGACAACACCUUCGGCAGAUUUCCUCCUCUUCAGAUAUGUUUGGUGUUCCUGCCCGCCUUACUUGAUCCUUGUCCCCCUUGUCCAACAUCCUGAUUCCUCCUGAGAAAACCCAUCACCUUGCACAGUCUCCCCCACCAACCAUGUUUUUUUUUUAAAAACCCUGAAAAAGUAAAAAAAAAAAACAAAAAACAAAAACAAAAACAAACAAAAAUAUAAAAAAAACAAGGGAAACAGCUAAAAAAGAGUUUCUUUCCAUGUCAGUGCUGGACUGAUGAUUGAUGCUUCCUCGGUGGGGAUGUUGAAUCGUAUUGUAAAGUACAAAAACAGACUUAUUUUUUAUUAUGAAGUGGAGAAAAAGACAAAAAACAAAAGUUGACUUUUUCCUUACUACUUCUUUUUCGUUGGUCAUGAUGACUAAAAUGGUGUACCACUGUCUCUUCCCUGGAGGACUGACCGGUCACUGAUGGGUGACUGCUUCCUGUAGACUUCCUGCUUCCUGUCUGUGAGUUGUGUGUCUUUAGGAGUAACCUUAACUGGUAGUACCACGGACUCACCACUAGGAGGAGCUGCAUUAAGGCAUGGGAGAAGGCGGGCAGUGAUAAUCCCUGACAACACAAGAAACCACCACUGUAGUCUGCAGUCUCCCUUAACAGACCUCCUGAACCCUCUGAGACUGUGCGCACCAUCUUCCACACAGCUGUGCUCAAACAUAAUCACACACAACUUGUGGUAUUUUAUACAGCUACUGAACAACACACACAAACAAAUGCUCUCACCUAUGUAGAAGAGUUAUACAUACAACGUGCCAGGUUAAAUACACUACUCUGUUUAUCUACCCCAUGUCAUGGAUGACAAGUAUUUAUUGUAUCAUAAAUACCUGUACUUAUUCAGUAGAUCCCCCAUGUAUCAAUCUGAUUCUUUUAAUAUAUAUUAAUUUAUAUUUGUCCUUAUUUUUGUAUUAAAAAGACAUAAUCUGUCGAGAUAGCUGAACUAACAAAAUGGUGUCCUUUAUUUUGGUUGAAGAGAAGUUGUUUUUUGAUCACUGAAACUAUUGUGCUUGCCAGAGACCUUAGUUACAUUUUAAUCUGCAAAUGUGACGUGAAGACAUUGUAUAUUUUUGUCGCGUUUCCUGAGAGUUUGUACUGUGCCAUUACCAGAAGGUCUUUAUAUUAGAGUAUAAAUGUAUAGAUAAUUUCCCUACCUAUGUAUUUCACACACAGAUCUUGUGAGUAGCAUUGACCCUAGAGGAUGCUUAGAACUGUUUUUACCUUUUUAACAAAUUUAUGCUUAAAAAAUACUGUGACUUUUUCUAAAUGAAACUACUUUGUUAGCCCCUUGGUCUCCAAUGUUAACAUGUUGCUGCUAAGUUUUUGUACCGUAGACUUGGAUCCUGAUCUGUAUGUUAUAUAGAACUUCCUGCUCCUACUGUACGGGGGGCACCUUGUGUAACAGAUAAAUAUGUCCCCCACCUCUACACAUGUGCAUUGUGCUUUAUAUUCCCUCCUUCUCCAUCCCCAGACUAAUGUCAGUUCCCUGACUGAUGUUUGUUUAUUAAACACAAUAUUUACCUCA